AUGUCUGACGACGAAGGUGCAUCUAACAAUGAACUGCUCUUAAUGGCAGCUAAACAAGACUCCGAAGAUAUACUGGAGGAUAUUUUUUCGCAGCCAGGAACAUAUGAGAUAAACUAUGUUGAUAGUAUAGGAAAUACCGCGUUGCAUUACGCAGCUCAAUUCGGUUCUUUAUCUGCAGUUGAAUUGCUAUUAAAACAGCCAAAUAUCAAACUUGACAUAGCAAAUAAAUUGGAAGGAGACACGCCGCUACAUAAAGCAGUUCAGUAUGAAGACGCUAACGUAUCAUUGCAAAUCGUAAGAUUGUUAAUUGAAGCCGGAGCAGACCCACUAAAACGAAAUAAAAAUAGGCAAAAACCCGAAAAUUUGGUUCAACCAGACUCUCAACAACUAAAGAGUUUAUUACAACAAGCAUCGAUGGCCCUUCAAGUGGACGCGAGAGACAUAGCAGACGAAGAUUCAAAUGGCGAUGGCGAAUCGGCAAGUGAUUCUGAUUGA